UUGUGACAUGCCCCGAACCCCCCCCCAAGGCCACAGGUGCCGCCAGUGACGCAGGCAACAGCAAAAAAAAAAGAGGGCGGCCAGGCUGUGACUGGUGCUGGCAGCGCAUGAAAAAAAAAAAAAAUUCCUCGGAAAACCUGGCGAUCGCCCAUACUGGUCCCUCCUCUCGUCUUCUUUUCUCUCUUCUUCCCCUCCUCCUCUUCUCUCUUUUUAUUUCCUCUUUUCUUCUUCUUUCUCUCCUCUUGGGCCUUGCCUAUUUGCUUGCUCCCUUUGUACACCAUCCAGUCUACAAAGUACUUUUUUCACCCCUCGAUUUUUACCCCGCCAACAUCCGUCACAAUGGUUGAGAAGCUUUACGUUACCUACAACGAUGUGCACAAGCUGUGCCAGGAGUCUGCCGACCACCUCCUAAACCAGUUCAAGCCUAACCUCAUCAUCGCCAUCGGUGGUGGCGGCUACAUCCCCGCCCGUAUCCUCCGUUCGUUCCUCAAGCAGCCUGGAUCUCCCAACAUCCCCAUCCAGGCCAUUGGUCUCAGCCUCUACGAAGAGCUCGGCGGCGACUCCGAGGUCGAGGUCCCUGGCACAAAGGUCACCCGUACCCAGUGGCUCGAUCUCUCUGCCCUCGGCGAGAUGCAGAACCUUGUCGGCAAGCGCGUCCUCAUCGUUGAUGAGGUUGACGACACCCGUACCACUCUUGAGUACGCUGUCCGCGAGCUCGAGAAGGAUGUCGAGACUGCCCGUCAGAAGAUGGGUGGCGAGCAGCCCAAGACUGAGUUCAGCAUCUUUGUUCUUCACAACAAGGACAAGACGAAGAAGGGUGCCCUCCCUGGAAACAUGCUCCAGUCUGGAUACCUCGCUGCCCGCACCGUUGGCGAUGUCUGGAUCAACUACCCUUGGGAGGCCAUCGACAUUGACGAGCACGACCGCCUGGCCCUCGAGAACACCAAGCCCCAGUAAACUAUAUACCCCUCUAAGAAGUGUGCCCCGGAUAACACAGUCCAUCGUUUAAGAGUUUACGCAGGAAUGAAUGAAAAUAGACACUGAAUGAAGCUGGUGAUGUCGUUGAUCAUCUGGCUCGAGUAGACACAGAAUAGCCUAGCUUAAAAGAGGCUCGAGAAACUUUCAACUUAACAACUUCCCCAUAUACUGUGAAAUUGUGUGUAAAUUUCUAGAAAUCGUGGUCUAGUAUGCUAUAUUCUAUAAUGACAUGGGGUAUCAAAUGCAGUCUAUCGGUGCUAUGCUAGGAAGAUGCUGUCCACCUUAGUGUUAAAGGGCUGUGCCUUGUUCUCGCUCAUGCUUCUCACGUAGCCGUUUCUCUUGCUUCAUGAAUUCGCGAAUGCCCACGGGAACAUUUUCAAACACGUCGUCUUGCCAUAAAUCUUUGGCAAUCUUGGUUUCGGUAGCCACGGAGCCACCUCCGUCAGCAUCAACGCUGCCACCAGCACUCUGUAACCGCUGUUGCGCUUCCUUGUUCGCCGCGGACCAGUCCUCCAUAUCUUCUCGAUAGAUAUCCCACACGCAGUUUACGCAACCGCUCAUACAACAGUUAUCAGGCUCCUCGGGACGGGGUGGCACAAGUACGCCAGCAAUGUAUGUCGAUUGUGCCUUUCUUGUCGCCAUGCGCUCGACCUUUUUCGCCGCCGGCCCUGCUAGCGAAGAUCCAAAGAUAAUUUUAGCCCUCUCUUCUUGUGAAUCCGGUAUUGUUGGCCCUGGGCUAAACUCGAAUGUCUUGGAUGUGGUGGGCGAAGAAGUGGUUGUGGGCGGUUCAUUGCGCUUUUCGUUGGUUACAAACGGUGUUUUGUAGUCGAUUAGACUCUGGUAAAACGAUCCUAUAGGAUGAGCUUGGGCAGAAGUCUUCUCUUGGCGGGCAGCAGCGACGCUGAAGCUUCGUGAGGUAAUCCGGGAUGGGCAUCUAAGGCCGCAAACUCGGCAAAAGAGCCUAGCCGACGAAGGCAUGGUGAGAAUCUGCGUAUUUUGUAGUGGCCGUAGAUGUUGAGCUUCUAAUUAUACUGCUACUGCCCAAUGGUAUGCAUGAAUUGCUCUGGAAGCAGAUGGGAUUCGCAAGUAAAUUUUGGCUCAAUGUCAGGUUGUAGUGUGUAAAACAGACGUCAUGGCCGUUAGCCGAUGCCGCCGCUGAAGCGGAUCGCACACACGUGACAGCCGUCGUAGCUCGAAGCGUGUCACUGGGCUACGUUUAUACCGCUGGAUAUAAUUAUGAAGAAA